CAAAUCUUCGAUCUUCACUGAGACAGGUCAAAAACGAAAGAACACAUAACAGACAUGGUCCACUAUAUUGUUUUUCGCUUGCAAAUUUCCCGAUAGACUUGUUUUUCGACCCAACAAAUGAAAUGCGUUUCAACAAACAGGAGAUGAUCACAUUGGCUCAGCAACCGUCUAAUAAAUUUGACAAAGAAGGGUUAUUAUUUGUACGGGAACGCCAAGAAGGGUUUUUCAGAAGAACUGAGAAGAGAGAUUCAAAACGAAGCAAAAAACGGGAACGUCUAAGCGAUUUGAACUGUUAUGGCGGAUCACAUAAAGCUAAUUUUGAGCGUUGGUGUCGUUUAAGAGGAAAUUUGCUAUUUUAUCUUAAGUCUCAUGAUCAGUUAUCAGAUUUACUUGGUGUUAUUGUUCUACAAAAUUAUUCAGUACAAUUAGAUGAGUCUCCUCCAGAAGGACCAUUUAGUUUUCAAAUAGUAUUUGAAAAUGGUAUUUGUCAACAAAUUGCUGCACAUACAGAGCCAGAAAGAGAUUCUUGGUUAGAAGCUAUAAAGCAAGCAAGCUACGAAAUCAUGCGGGCUAGACUGUUGGAUUUAAGAAGACAAUUAGAAGUAAAACGAAAGCCAGAUUUAGAUAUUAAUAUGUGGAGAUUACGUAAAAAUCAACCUAAACUAGAUCUAACAAAGGUACCAUUGUGCGAAAUAUGUUUUUCUUGUGACAACCUGAUGUGUGAUGGGCAUGGGCGUUCUCCAAAUCCAGCAAUUGUUGUAUCAAUUUGUGUACCAAGUGAAAAUGUUUGGAUAAACUAUGCUAACACAGAAGUUAUCGUUGAUAAUAGUAAUCCAACAUUUUUGAGAACCAUAUGGUUACAGUGCAGUGAUGGAUUAACUGAGGAUUGUAUCCUUCGAGUAUCAGUCUAUGAUGUACGAGAAUGUAUUUCUGGAACUGCUGUGAAAAUGGGACAUUGCGAAACAACACUUUGUUCGCUGUUAGAAACUACUCAUUCGGGAAAUAAUGGCCAACGUGUUCGUUUGCCCCUGUCAUCACCAAGUAUUAGAUCCGAUUUAGAUAAAAUUAUUGGUUUUGUGUCCAUGACAAUUUGCCGUCCAGACAAACAGAUUGGACAUAACAUGAGUACAGAGUCCACACCAUGCAAAUCAUUAAUGUAUAGCAAUCAUAACUUUCCUAUGGUAAAUCAUCGAAGAACACAGUCAUUACCUCCAAGACUUGGAUCCAGGUUACGUGUUCCAUUACAGAACUAUCUGUAUUUAUUAUUUGAUAAUGUAUCAUUUGUGACUUAUCGUUUUCAUUCUGGCCUGAGGGGUGAUAUAUCUGUUUAUGAAAUAAUGGCUGAAAGCAAGUUAUGCUUUUAUUUACCACAGCAAUUAUUAAACAUAUGGAUACUUGAAGAAAAAGAACUUUUACAAGAAGUGUCAGGAAUGGGUGAAUUAUCUGAGCCAUGGCAUUCAAAACAAGUAGAACUACUUGACCGACAUUUGCAACUAUUACAUUUGUAUUCUCAAGCCAAACAAAAUCUUGAAAAUCAAAAGGGUAUUCAUUUUAAACCAAGUUCGCGUAAAAACGACCGUUCUUUAGAAUUUGCACCAACAAACUUACACCUACAACGCAUUUGGGUUCAAAAUGAUACACUAAAAAAGAGUGGAUUUUAUGAUACAAUCACAGUUGGCGCAUUUACUGCACAUUCCCAUAAGUCUAAAACUGGAGGAUUGAUAAAAUUAUUACAACAACUCAAAGAAGCACCACUUAAAACAAACGGCCAUGCCAUGGCCAGUAGUAAAAUUACUAUGGCGUUUGAUGCCAUUCAAGCAAUUAAACUUCUAAGACGAGAGGUAGUAGAUGCAAUGAAAAGUUUGUUAAACUUAGCUAAAGACAAACAAACUGCAGGGAUGAUGCCAAUUUGUAAUGAUAUGAUAUCCAAAACUCGUAUUUUGCUAAGCCUUUGGGAUCCAAAACUUGUUGAAGAAGCGUUAAAUUUUAUUGAAGAACAUAAAGUGACUCCCGUCUUGAGUGAUGACAAUGAAUCCAUUAAACAUCCUUCAAAUUAUCAUGUAUCACCAUUUAAACGUAUAGCAAGCCAGAUAAAUUUUGAUUUACAAUCACCAGAUACUGAGGAUUUGUAUACUCCCGAAAGCCCAAAAUGUUUGAGGCAUUUGAUGAAGUUUGAUUCAAAGGAAAUCCAAGAAGAACAUGACUUUAGUGGUAAUGAAGACCAACAACAGUUUAUUGUGUUUCCAGAAUCUAAAGGUGAAAUGGAUAAUAGUCAAGAAGAUGCAAACCAUAUUUGUGGUUCAAAAGAAAAUUCUCUUCCGAAUGAAAGCAGCAACGGUAUGAAAACGGGUCAAUUUUUGGACACUUACUCAAUGUGUAAUUCACCGUCAGCUAACUAUUAUAAGCCUACUGAAGAACCAGAACCUUGGGAACUUACUCAGUUGAAUAUUGAAGCCAGUAUUAUGUGUCUUGUCAGCAAAGUUAAAUUUUUGUGUGGCCGUUGCAAUAGUCCAGCAGUGAGGUUGAGGUCUCAAAGAAGUCGAAGUUUUCUUUCAAAUUCAUCAACAAAUCAAGCAACAAAUUGUCAUCAGCCUGUGAGCUUAGAUUCUAGAAUCACUGAAAUUGACAAUAACAAAGCACAAACAACUAAUAACAAUGCACCUUCUAGAAACAAGUUUACAGAAGGACUUGAUUUUAAUCUUAUGACUGAUUGGGGUUCUGAAUUAAAGCCAAGCAUGCGUAAACUUCGUCAAGCUAUGGAUGGACUUUUAAAAACUGCUAGACUUACGCAUAGUGUUUUUAGAGUACAAGAGGAUAAACGGUCAGCUGAAAGGUCAUGCAAUGUUCGUUACCGUAGACAUGUUUGUUUUUCACAAGCGUUGACUGCUCUGGUUAGUGGCUUAAUGGCAAGAUUGUGGUGUCAAAAACCUGAACCCGAAUUCCUGUAUGUAUUGUCUUCUAUUGGUUGCUUAGCCUCUUUUGAAUGUCUAUUGAGUUACUAUGGUAAUGAGAUCGACAUGUGGGGUGACAUGGCUGUUGCCAUUGAAGAUCUUGCCACUGUAAACUUCACCUUAUUACCACUAUCACAAGCUGUUAGAGAAAAUCCAAAAGAUGAAAUCAUGCCACGAAUUGUUGGUUCUAAGAAUUCUUUAUGUGUUUUAUUACCAGUUCCAGAUUUAAUUCAAUCUUUAUUACCUUCUAAAAACAUUGCUCCGUUUCGGGUCACGCCUGUUUUUUUUAAUAUGGGUAUUAAUGAAAUGGCAACCAUUGCAGAAAACCUUGGAAAUACAAAACCACAGGAUAGCAGCAAUAUUGACAAUUUUGAAAGAUUAAAUGAAUUCUGUUCGAGAUAUCGAAAACUUAAUAUAUCCAAUAAUGGUGAUUGUGAGCGACAAGGCACUUCUGUUGCAGAACUAAUGAGCAAUUUAAAAGAUUCAUUACAAAGUAGUAAGAGUAAAAAUGUAGAAAUACUGCAAACAGCAGCUAUAGUGUGUCGUCGUUUAAAAGGUUUAAGAUUUACAAGUUGUAAAAGUGCUAAAGACCGAACAGGUAUGUCUGUUACACUAGAACAGUGUUCUAUUCUGAAUUUGGAAUAUGGACUUGCAGAAAGUGAAAUUCAAAGAGCAUUAGAUUGUAUGAGAAGUGAGGGGUGUAGGAGAGAAAAUGCAUACAAAAACACUGGUGUCAGAAAAUAUGCAUUUAACAGAUUGCAACACUUCACCUUACCACAAAUGUACAGACCUCCGGCAGGUACUUAUGGAUCAAGCCAAACUUAAAUGGUUACCAUGGUUGCUAUACCAUUUUGUUAUUUAUUUUAUUUCAUUUUUCAUUAUUGAUUUUUCUUCCUUUCAAUUGACAAACGAAAUUGUUUUAACUUAAUAAUGUUCCUAUACUGAGACUGCUGUCUGACGUACUUAGAACCUCUGCGAAUAAUUUUUGGAAUAAGAAAAACUCACUGCUGUUAUCAAUAUCAUUCAUAUUCUGAAUGGGUUUUAUUUUCAAAAGAAAGAAUAAGUGCUAAUUAAUUUACUUAAUUGAUCACGGGGUUAGAUAAAAGUAAAUGAAGUACAGUAGAUCAAAUCACGCAGAGAGGUUUUAGUCUGGGUUAAGCAAAUUAGCGAUAAUGGUUGAUUUUGUCCUAAGAAUUUUGUCCAUAAUAUAUGGUUGUCUGUCUUAUCCAGUAAAUGGAUUAAAUAGCAAAUUCUGUAUUAGUUAUGUACGAAUUAAAUUAGUCAUUACUUGCUAAAUACUUAUUGACUUCAAACUAGUACUAUAGCAGUAUGACUAAAUGCUUGUUUAGUCUGAUAUUCACACAGGAUUAUAGAACUAUAUUAUUUAAUUACUGAAAAACAUGAUAUUUAUAGUAAUUGCUAUAUUGGUACAAAAAUUUGCAAACAAAUGUACUCAUAAGUCUGGUCGCUACUGUAUCAUUUGUAAAAUAUCUAUACUCUAUUCAAAAUGAGGAAGGUUAGGUACCGGCUGGCUAAUUUUUGCGAUUUCGUUCCGAAGCUUUGCCUUGCACAUCUGCGUUUAUGGAAGAAGCAUCUGCGCGCCAUAGAUAAAAACGGCUGUCUUUCUUAUUUUGAGUAGAGAAUAGGAGUCUCAUCAUUAAACAAACAUUUGCUCAAGUUUUUGAAAAUGUAACAGGAAACUAUACUACCUUAAAAAGAAGAAUAAUUUGUGUGGACUAUAUAAAUAUUAUUAAUUGUUCUUGGAAUUGUGACCAUGCUGCAUAUAAUUUUUCUACCAGACAUCAUAUUAGUCAGUCCUUGUUGUUUUUUUUUUGUAGACCCAAAUGUAGAAAUUUAUAAAAAACAAUUUGUUUUAAUCUUUACACUACUCUGUAUUUUAGUUAGCAAAGUGAACUUACGAAUGAGUUCUAAACAUUAUAAUGUAGUAUACUAUUAUAUUUAAUUGAUUUAAAACUCAACAUAAUAAUACAACUAUCACAAAUGUUAAUAUUCUUGUUUCUACUACUCUUAAUGGGAAAAUGGUUUUUUAGAAACUUAAUAUUGCAAUUAUAGGAUGAAAUAUUUUAUUUUAAUUAAUAACAAUUUUUUUUAAAAAGUUAUUUAAUUUGAGUAUCUUGACUGUUUUAUUAUUGACUAUAAAUAUAUAAAUCAGAGGCUCCAGCUCAGCCAAGAGUUCAGAGGGAUUGAUUAAAUUUGAUAUGUAGGGCUCCUCAAGCCCCCAUACUUAUUUCAUUUUUUUCAAUAGUUGUCAGUUUUUAUUUUUUUUUAAAUUUUAUUUAAUGCUUAUUUGACAUUAUUAUUAAUAUGAAGCUCAAUGGGAGGUGAAGGAUCCCAUAAAAAAUGGUAUUAUUUUAUAAUCUUGUCAAAACUAUUUGAGAAUAUAAAUAAUAUGUCUUAAAAAGUUAGAACUAUACAAAAGCUAAUAUAUUAUAUUGAGAUUUGAAAAACAAGAAAAAUGGAGAAAUAUAUUGCCAUUGAUACUUUUUCGCUCAAUAUUUUUGCAAAUCCUUUGUAUUCCAAUUGUAUAAUAUCAAAACGACACUUCCCCUCAAUUCGCAUAACAAUUACAUACACAUUAAUAAUCUAAAAAUGUAUAUCAUGGCAUACACAUAAAUGUACAUAAAAAUUCUAUCGUUGUUUUGCAUACUUGUUGUGUUUAGAAAAUAUUAUAGAAAAUAUACUUCAAUACAUUUUUCCCGAGUAAAAUAUAAGUUGCAUUGCCUUGAUAUUUAUAAUUUGUGACUCCAAUAUUCUAAUAAAAAAGCAAAUUAAAUUAAAUUUUGAGACAAACAUUUUUCCUCCUAUAAUGAACUAUUUUAGAAAUAAUUUUGACUGUGUAUCAUAGUAUAUAAUAACAAUAACAAAUAAUUGUAUAGGUACAUUAUUAAAUUAUUUCAUUACUAAAUAGUAAAUACUAAUUGUAUUUUGGCAUACAUGUGCUGGAUUGCAUGAAUGAUCACUAAACAUUUAACGAAUCAAUUGCAAGCCAUUGGUCCCUUAAACAUGAUUUAGCAGCCCGGUGUUGGUCCAUUCAAUUUUGUUGAACCAUUGAAUCAAUACAUUUUUCAUUCAAUCUGGCAUAAAUGUAUUAAAAACUGAAAUUGAUACAAUUGUUAUUUUUCAGUCUUCUGUAUAGCAGUAGAUGAUAACAAACAAUUUGUAUAAUUCAAUUUUAACUUAAGAAAAUAAUUAUAAUAUUUAAGAUUAAUUUUAAAUAGAUUUAACCUAACCUAACCGUUAAUUAAAAUGUUUUUUAUAAAACCUUAAAUUACAUUAUAUCAAUUAUCUAUCAAUGUUAUGUGUCUAUUUCUUAAGACACAAUGUGUGCCAAGCUUAAGUAAAAAAUUGUUGAACAUUAAUCAAUUAAAUUAAAGUUUACAAUUUAACAAAAUACUUAAUAUUAUGGAGUUGAGCACAUGUCUUCCUGUCAUUGAUAUCAAAUCAUAGAUUCUCUUUUAUUUAUGGAUAUAAUCAUGUUGCUCAAAACGUACUACAGAACCUUGAAAUUAUGAUAUAUUUAUUAUAUUAACUUACUUUUAAGUUAUUUAAAAAUUAAAUUUACAACAUUCAGAUAUAACUUAACAUUGUAUUUGUCCCAUGUAUGAUUUUAUGUUAUUGAUAAAUGUAUAUCUAUAAGUUUAUAAGUUUUGUUUCGUUGGAUUUUAUUGUUAACUAACUUAUGUUUUUAGUCUGC